UUUUUGUAGAAUUAAUAUCCAAAUGAAAAAUAUAAAGGAAUUAUUAAUGAAAUAUUGUAAAUAUUCUAACUAAAUCCUUGAUGUUAAAGAAGAAUAAAGAAAGCUUAAAAGAAGAUAAGAUAGAGCCUUUAGAUGGUGAAAUAUAUGAGGUGGAGAGAAUAUGUGAAGAAUUUAUCCAGGAAGAUGGAAAUAUUCUUUAUAGGAUAUCAUGGAAGGGUUAUUCAGAGGAUUUUGAUACAUGGGAGCCAAUUGAGAAUCUGAUUGAUUGUGAAAAUGCUCUUGAAGAUUGGAAUAGACUUAAAAAUUCUACAGCAUUAAAAAAAAAGCAAACACUUGUUACAAAUAAAUAUGUAAAAAAAAGAGAAAAAAGUUCAGAAAAUACAUAUUAUGAUGAAGAAUCAUCUAAUAUGUUAUCGAGAAGGCCUUUCUUUUUAAAUGAUAUAUCAAAAUUUGAAAAAACAAAAGAUAUAUCUAUUAAAAAAAAUAAAACCAAUAAUUUAGAUAUAAAAGGUUCAAAUAAUAGAAAGAUAUUGAAUAUUGAAGAGGAUAAGAGUUCAUUUGAAUCUAAUUUGAAUGAGCAUAUGUCUUUUAAUAGGUCAAAUUCUCUUGAAAAUAAUCCAUUGGAAACAUUUCUUAUGGAAAAUCCCUCUGUUAUUUUUACUAAUGAGAAACCACGUAUUGUUUCAAAAGAGAAGACAAUGCAGUUUAGAAAUAAAAAAAGAAAAAGUACACUUUUAUCUAAAUUAAUUGUAGGUUCUUUACCACAAAGAUCUAAUGUUUUGAAUGAAUAUUCAAAUAAUUUUGAAUAUAUUACUGAUGAUUUGCCUUAUAUACAAGAAAAAGAAAAUGUUAAAUUCAAUAGUUUAAAGAAGUCUAAAGAUCAUAUUACAAAAGCUAGUCGAUUAAAAACAGAUUUUCAUAAAAAAACUUUAAAACCUAAAUAUAUUAUUAAAUCAAAAUUAAGUUUUACAAGGCCAUUAUCUGUAAAAAAUAGUAGAAAGAUAUUUCUCGAGAAAUUGGACAUGUUGCUGGGGCCUCCUGUGUUUCUUAUUAAUGAAAUUGAUUCAGACUUAUCUCCAAUUGAUUUUGAAUUUAUAACUUCUUAUAAAUAUGGUCUAGGUAUAGAGCCACGAAAUCCAUUGUUUAUUUCCGGCUGUAGCUGCUCAAAAGAUGGAUGUGAUCUUAAUAAUCCUGGCUCUUGUCAAUGCCUUGAAGAUUCUAAUAAUAAAAGUUUUUCCUAUGAUGAAUAUGGAAGGGUUCAUUGUAAUAGUAGUUCAAUAAUAUAUGAAUGUAAUGAAAAUUGCGACUGUGGAAUAAAUUGUCCAAACAGAGUUGUUCAGAGAGGACGUAAAAUUCCUUUAAAUAUUUUUAAAACUAAACAUAAAGGCUGGGGUUUGCAAUGCCCUAGGUUCAUUAAAGCAGGAACAUUUAUAGGCGUAUAUUUAGGGGAAUUGAUAUCUCAAUCUGAGGCAGAAAUUCGUGGUAAAAAAUAUGAUAAUGUUGGCGUAACAUAUUUAUUUGAUCUUGAUCUCUUUGAAGAUCAAGUUGAUGAGUAUUACACUAUUGAUGCACAAUAUUGUGGAGAUGUAACACGAUUCAUAAACCAUUCAUGUGAUCCAAAUCUUGCUAUUUACAGUGUUUUAAGGGAUAAAAGUGAUUCUAAAAUUUAUGAUUUAGCUUUUUUUGCUAUUAGAGAUAUUCCUGCUUUGGAAGAGCUUUGCUUUGAUUAUAGUGGAAGAAAUAAUGAUGAUCAAUUAGGUUUCAUUGGAAAUUGUUCCAAUUCUAAGUAUAUAAAUCUUAAAAAUAAAAAACCUUGUUAUUGCGGUUCUGCUAACUGUAGAGGAUGGUUAUUUGGAUAAUCUUUAAUAUCUCAAAAUCUAAAUUCUUUAAUUUUUAUAUUUAAAU